AUUAUUGACAUCACAAGCAGCCCUGUUGAAUCGCGAAUAAUUUUAAUUUCGUGACUUUCGUCACUACGUCCUCGUCCGCCGUGCAACUUCGGAGUCCGCUCGGUUCGCUGAUCAUACGAUGUCAUGUGUUUUGGCCUUCCAUGUGAUUCGCUGAGUCUGGUGAUUUUACUUUUUUCGCCUGAAGUGGACAGAUCCUGAUCUCUCUACAGAUAACGCGUCAGCGUGGAAGAGCCCAGGCAUGGAACGACCCCCUUCCCUAGCCGGCCGCAUCUGGUCCACCGUCAAGACAUGGUUUAUCUGCCACACGUUCCUCACGCUGACGUUCCUCCUCAGCGGCCUCAUCCUCAACGUCUUCCAGGUCGCGGCCUACCUGACGAUACGGCCGUUUUCUAAGCAUGCGUACCGCAAAAUGAAUUACUACUUCAUCUACACGUCGUGGUCUCAUCUGGUGGCGCUGUCCCAGUGGUGGUCGGGCACGAGGAUACGGGUGUGGGGCACCAAAGAGGACUUGUACAACCUGCUGAAAGAGCACCACCUCGUGCUGAUGAAUCAUACCUACGAGGUUGACUGGUUGAUGUGCUGGAUCAUUUGUGACCAGUUCAAGAUGCUAGCAAAUGCCAAAACAUUUGCCAAAAAGUCUCUCAUGUACGUUCCCAUCAUCGGCUGGAACUGGGCCCUGUCGGAGCACAUUUUCCUGGAGAGGAGUUGGGAGAAGGACAAACUGACGCUCGGAUCAAAGCUGGACACCCUCAUAGAUUACAAGGACAAAAUUCUGCUCCUGCUCUUUGCAGAAGGAACGAGGUUCUCCGAAGCGAAGCACAAGUCCAGCUUGGAGUUUGCGGAGAAGAAGAACCUGCCCAAGCUGCAGCAUCACCUUCUGCCACGCCCCAGGGGAUUUAACUUCUGCGCCAAGCACUUCAAGGAUAGGGGUUCACGGAGUAUCUGCGACAUUCAGCUCGGGUUCUUCAAUUCUCCGAAUCCUCCAAAGAUGACGAACAUCGUGAACGGCCGACCGAUUGUUGCGGACAUGUACUUUAGGCUGAUCCCGCUGGACAAGAUACCUACAGACGAUGAUGAAGCCUGUGCAAAGUUCCUGUACGACCAUUACGUCGAGAAGGACAAAUUAAUGGACGAGUACCUGAAGACUGGCAAGUUCCCGUCCGAAGUUCGCGAGCUUCCCGUGAGGAUUUGGCCCCUGUUAAACCUUGUUGGGUGGCUGUUGAUGAUCGGGAUGCCCUGCCUCUACGCGUUCUACGUCAUCUUGACGCAGGGCAGCACAUUCACGAUUGUGGUGUUUUCUACAUUCGUGGCACUAGUGUUUUCUGUGCUCAACUGGAUGGUUGGACUGUCGGAGAUCAACAACAGCUCUUCCUACGGUGCCAACUCGCAAACAAGUCGAAAAGGCAGCACCAACGACGGCCCAGCACAAGGCGAACAGUCGGGCAACAAGCCUGAACAAAAUGGCGACGCCCUGCCCUUGGUAUCGUGAGCUCCGCUGCGUACCCAUGCCUCAAACAGUGUCGUGGCUCCGCAACCUACGUCGUCUGCCACACGUGAUGCGCGUUUUUGUCCCUGAACACAAGUGCAUGUGACGUGGCGGUUAUUUCUAGACACCCAGUGCUUGUUGUUGUUGAUCAGCAAAGUUUUCUUGUGUACAUAUGUGAAUGUAAUGUAUCGUAGGGGGGGUCUCUGUGUUAAACAGGGGUCUGCACACGAUCCGUUGUUGUGACCAGUUUUCCAGUGCAGAAGUGGCCUUACGUUCUGCCAUAAAACACGUUAUCACUGCACGUGGUGUGUACUCGAAGUGUCACGAGUCAAGUCGUACGAGCACAAUGAGGUUAUGAUGGUGAGUUUUCAAAAUGCAAGCCCGUGACACGAGCGUGCGGUUAUUCCACGGAAUCUCGCUCGAAAAAAAUUAACAAGAAAAAAAUAAUUGCUUCUUACAUCUCAACACCCAAUGUUCAAAGCUGUGCACGGACUCACGUUAUCGUUGGAAGGUGCACAAAUAUGAAUUAGGAUAUUUUUAUAAAAUGUGAAAGUUUCCCCAGUGUACGGUCAGCUUUGCCUGGAAAUUAAAUUUAGUUCUGUAGCAUCACGUCCGAACUGUGAUAUGUGAUUGUCAACACCUCUUUCGCUGAGCUAAUGUUGCAUUUCAUCUGUGUGUGUUGUUCUGGAAGAACUGUACUAGCACUAAUUUUUGUUCAUCCUUUCAAGCGCGUUACGUCAAAGUUGUGAAUUUGUUAUGACAAACGAAUGUUUAGGUGCAUGCGGAUUCAGAAAUCUGUUAUGUACAUUUCAUACAUGAAGUUUUGGGGAUGGCUGAUAUGGUACAUACAACUCAAACUACACUGAGUAGAAAACAAAAAAAUAAAGCUUUUAUAAAUCGCACUUGGUUCUGCUCAUAGGUAUGGAUGUUACUAAUAAGUUAUUUAGACACUGGUCUGUAGUUGUGCAUGGUACAGGCAUGAUAGUGCCAGAACAUGGCUUAUGAAAUGUAACAAAAAUCUAUAAGCAUUCCAAACUUCAGAUUGUUAUCAAUAUCAAAUGUAACAUAUUUGAGAAACAGGUUUCUUGGAAACUAACUACAAUAAAGUACUGCUAUGUUGGCACCAGUUU